CUUUGAGAUGCGGCAGGCGCUUCGUCCUGCGGCGCAGACUGCGCGGCCUGUGGCGCAGACUGCGCGUCCGCUCGCGCUGCGCCGUCGACUUUCCACUCUCCAUGGGGGCGCGGACGCCCUUCGCAAGCCGUACCCGCCGUCGCACGUGCUCACGCUCGGCGAGAUCAACCCGAACGUGCUCUCGGCACAGUACGCGGUGCGCGGCGAGCUGGUGCAGCGCGCAGCGGCGAUCAAGGAGGAGAUGGCGGCGGGCAGCGCCAACGUGCCCUUCAAGAAGGUCCUCGAGUGCAACAUCGGCAACCCGCAGGCGGUCGGUCAGUCUCCCAUCGGCUUCAACAGGCAGGUGCUCUCGCUGAUGGUCUGCCCGGCGCUGCUCGACCAGCCGGGUGUCGACGCGCUGUUUGCGCCCGACGCAAUCGCGCGCGCCACGCGCCUCGCGCGCGCCAAGGAGUACCUGGCCGCCAUCCCGUCGGGUGUCGGCGCGUACUCGGACAGCCAGGGCUUCCGGAUCGUCCGGGAGCAGGUGGCCGACUUCAUCUCGUCGCGCGACGGCCUCCCCGCCAGCCCCGAGGACAUCUUCCUGACCGACGGCGCCUCCAAGGGCGUCGGCUUUCUGCUCUCCCUCAUCUUGCGCGGCGGCGGCUCGGACGGGCUGCUGGUGCCCAUCCCGCAGUACCCGCUCUACUCGGCCACGCUGGCGCUGCAGGAGACGCACAUGCUCGGGUAUGAGCUCGACGAGGCUGCGGGCUGGUCGCUGCCGAUCUCGCUGCUGGAGGCGGAGCUGGAGGAUGCGCAGGCCAAGGGCGUGGCGACGCGCGCUCUGGUGGUCAUCAACCCAGGCGGCCAACGGCCGGCAGCUGGCAACCCGACGGGCAACUCGCUGCCGUACGACAACAUGGUGGAGUGCAUCGACUUUUGCGCAAAGCACGGGCUGGUGCUGAUGGCAGACGAGGUGUACCAGGAGAACAUCUGGGACGGCGGCCGCCCCUUCCACUCCUUCAAAAAGGUGCUGAUGGAGAUGAGCCCGCGGCCAAACCUGCAGCUCGUCUCCUUCCACUCGACUUCGAAGGGCUUCCUCGGCGAGUGCGGUCUGCGCGGCGGCUACUUUGAGAUCGUCGGGUUCGACCCCGAGGUCAAGGCGCAGCUGCUCAAGCUCAUCUCGAUCGGCCUCUGCUCCAACACCCUCGGCCCAGACCGCUCCGGCCAGAUCGCCACCGGGCUAAUGGUGCAGCCGCCGCGGCCGGGCGACGCCUCGUACGAGAUCUACUCCGGGGAGAGGGACGCCAUCCUCGCCUCGAUGAAGCGACGGGCGACGAUGCUGGUGGACGGGCUCAACGCGUUGGAGGGUGUCACGUGCAACCAGCCGCAGGGCGCCAUGUACGCCUUCCCGUCCAUCACGCUGCCGCCGAAGGCGAUCGCGGCGGCCAAGGACGCCGGCAAGGUUCCCGACACCUUCUACGCUCUCGCGCUGCUGGAGGCGACGGGGAUCGUCGUGGUGCCGGGCAGCGGCUUUGGGCAGAAGGAAGGCACGUGGCACUUCCGCACCACCUUCCUGCCGCCCGAGUCCGAGAUGACGGACGUGGUGGAUCGGAUGACGGCCUUCCACGCCGAUUUCAUGGGCAAGUACGCGUAGAGAAAGGGGACGUGUGGGCUCCUUUUGCCACUGCGCCGGGCGUCUCCCCUUUGGGAAGCCCGUGGUAAAUCUACACAUGCACACACUGCAGAUGAUGUGUGAAUCGCGGUCCGCAUCGUCCGGAGGUGUAUCUCUCUGUCUGUACGCGGUGCCGGUGGCGCAUGUGAAAGAUGUGUUGUUGAGCGUUGAAACAUGAAAGGAUU